ACGGUAGGAUGGGCAGACACCGUGCAAGGUCCUGGGGUUACAGCAGGGAACCGGGGAGGGGGGUCCCCGCUCUCAGUGAGCUCACGUUCUAACGGGAGAGUCAGACAACAAGCUGUUAAGGCGAGGAGUCAGUGAUGGACACAGAACAGGCAGUGGCCGAGGGCUGGUGGUCAGGGAUGCCCGUGAGAGGGCGGCCGAGGUCGCCACGCCCACGUUUGGUGCAGAGGAUCGAUUUAAAUCCGAGUCUGUCGACCUUGUUUCUCGUCGGCGACAACAGGGCUGAAAGGCAUGGGGUCCUGCCGCUAUAGCGCACUUCUUCCUUUUGAAACUGCACUUCUGUGGGGAGUGCGGAAAGCCGAAUAUCGACCAAGCGGAUCUCGGAGCUAAAAAAGGCGGCGAUAGGGCGACUGGGGCUUGUGGUCACCGGAUGGCGGGACCUGCGAGCCCACCUCAAGGAGCGCGAGGACCCAGCCAACCCUGCUCCCGGCAUCCCCGCCAAGGAGGCAGCAGGAUGUAUCUUUCCUGCCUAGAAAGCACGGCCACCUGCUCUCGCAGUCGUGAGCGGGGAGGGAGCCGCGAGGCCUCCUGCGCGCAGCCCCGGAGCCGGGCGGAAGGGAAGGGCCCCCAGCUUUCCUCAGGCCACGCCCGUCCCCGCUCUGCGCAUGCGCCUCUGCAUAGCUCAGUGGGGCCUCGGAACCUGCAGAGGGCGACAGAACCCGUGGCGCCUGCCUUUUACGUCACGCUCCGUUUGCGUGCUGAUUCCGGGUCAGAGGUCGGCCGCAGCUUGGGUCAUGGUGCAGCUCAGGCCGCGCGCGUCCCGCGCUCCGGUUUCGGCGUCGGCGAUGGUGGACGAGGGCCAGCCCGCCUCGGAAGAGGAGGCGGAGCACGGCCUGUUGCUCGGGCAGCCGAGCAGCGGCGCGGCUGCCGAGCCGCUGGAGGAAGACGAGGAAGGGGACGAUGAGCUUGACGACGAGGCUCCGGAGGAGCUGACUUUCGCCAGCGCUCAGGUGGAAGCGAAAGAAGAGGAGCGGCGAGUUCGCGAGACCGUGCGCAGGGAUAAAACGCUUCUGAAGGAGAAGAGGAAGCGACGCGAGGAGUUGUUCAUCGAACAGAAGAAAAGAAAACUUCUUCCAGAUACUAUUCUAGAGAAGUUAACUACAGCUUCACAAACUAGUGUGAAGAAAUCACCGGCAAAGUUGAAAGAAGUGAAUUUGCAAAAGAAAAAUGAAGAAUGUGAGAAAGGAAGUGACUCAAAGAAAGCUAAAGAAAAAGUGCAGAAAGUACAGACUGUUGGCCAGAAUAAAAGCUACUUGGCUGUAAGGCUGAAAGACCAAGAUUUGAGAGAUUCAAGGCAAGAAGCGGCCAAAGCCUUCAUACAAAAUUGUUUAUAUGGUCCUGGAACCAACAGAACUACUGUAAACAAGUUCCUGUCUCUUGACAACAAGAGGUUACCGGUGAAAAAGGCCGCAGCCCAGUUUUUGAAUAAUGCUUGGGCAUCCCAGAAAAAACAAAAUGCCAAGAGGUUUAAAAGACGUUGGAUGGUCAGAAAGAUGAAAACUUCUAAGAACUAAAUCAAAGCUAAAUGAAGAACGAGGACUUUGUCAACUGACAUUAUCAAAGAAAACGGCACCAGGUUUUCGGUACAAGUUUCACUGAUGGAUUCUUCCCCUUCUGGGAACAGGACCCAACAGAGGCUGCCGAAUCCUUUCCAUGGCAUGUUGGUGAAUGUCAUUUGGGUUGGUAAGGGAGCAGGUGGUGAUGGUGACCACGAGAGACAACUGAGCCAAACGACCCUAUAAUCUGAGGAGUUAAUUUACAACUGAUAGGAUAAACAUCUGUAAAAAUCACCAUUAAAUGAAAGUGUUCAGGGUCCUUCCUACCAGACAUUUGUCAGACAGCUGUAGUACAAAUGUAACCAUCAGCAAAAUUCAUUCUUUGCCAGAAAUGAAAAACUGAACUAGUGAUAAAAGUGACCAAACCCAUAGAAGCCGAUAACUUGCUCGUGUGGAGGUGUCCAAAUUUUAAUUUUAGGCAGAUUCCCAGUUAGUAAAUUACUAAUCAGUCCUUGUAGGCACAGCUGACAGCAGGGCAAGAACAGCGAUCCAGGGCUGGUUAAGGCUCCUUGUGGUUGGUUCUGAGGCUGCACAUAGCGGUGGGAGAAAGAGAAGUUCCGGAAGGGAUGAGGCAGAAAUAAAGGGAGCAGGUUCCGGACUUAAGGUGUAAGGGGAAGUAACACAGGAUGAAGAAUAUUAGAAUACAGAUAUGCAAGAAAAGAUGCACACGCUGGUGAAAAGUGGUCUGUGGGUUAAGAUUAUUCAAGUGCUAGCUGUUCUCUGGCAAGACGCUCUGCAGCUAAAUUCUGAUGGUGAUACAUUUUUUGGUCAACUCUAAGCAGGAAUGACUUUAUAAACUAACUCUGCCUCAGCUAGAAUCAGGAACAAUUUAUUUUUACACAAAAUCACCAUAACAAUAAACAAUGAAAAGGGAAACCAUCCUUUCAAAAAUAUCUCUUGAAGGUUCACAGGGAAGUAACCUUGCUCAGAGGUAAUAAGCACAUUACAGUUUCAUUUUGGCCAAGGGAGGCACAUCUGUAAGCAUCUUUAAAUUUUUUUAGCAUAUGAAACUCACAGGAAUUACAUAUCAUAUAACUUUAAGCACUAUUUAGAGAUGAAGCUAUAUAAUACAGCACAGUGUUUAUAAAUAUGCACACAUGCAUCCACAGCAAUUUAAGUCUCAUUACUUUUGCAAGAAUUAUAUACAUUUAAUGUAAGUUUAAGCACUAUUUACAGCUGAACUACAUAAUACAUGGCACAAUAUGUAAGAAUACCCAUAUCCUGGAUAAUGGUCCUAAGCAAUUUACUACUGAAAAUUUUAACUCCCCUGGAGAACCCAAGAUUUUUAACUGUCGUAAGAAAACUGUUCACUUUUCAAAAAUUCUUUGGAAGUCUGAGUGUUUACCUAGAUACAAAGCAAUUUAGGGCUUCAUGAUUACCUAUAAUGUAGUCAUUUCAAAAAGACAAUUAUAGUAAACCAUUAUUUGCCCUACGAUCCCAGCACUGCUACUAAGUACACUUAUUUUUACCAAUAAAGCUAAAUGAAUUUUGUAUAACCAAAGAAAAUACACAUUAUCCAAAGAAAAUUCACAUUGAAUUUGUAUAAGAAAAGUAUAACACAAAAAACACUACUACUAUUCCAGAACUUCAGUGUUAGACCAUGACACCAUGAAUAAUGAACUUCAGAAGGACAAAGAAGCAGAUUAAGGCCCAAACGUGCAUACUUUUAAACUGCUUCCUUUACAUUCCAGCCACAUGAGCCCUGGCCUUCACUCCAAGUCUCUCUGUGUGACACUGAUCCUAUUUAUCUAAGAGAGAGUUUCAGACAUAAACCUAACAGGGCCAAACAGCACAGAACAGACUUCUAAACUGGCAGUCCCCAUUUUUCUUGAGGAAUUACAUUCUAAAAAGGUGAAAAAUCGCUCUCAUCUGAACUACCUCUGAGAAAAACUGCCCAGAUACGAAAAGUUUUAUGUAAACAAUCAACCCUGUAGUUGAUAUAUAACCGCACGUUCAGGGGACUCCCUGGUGGCUCAGUGGUUAAGAAUCCACCUGCCAAUGCAGGGGACACGGGUUUGAUCCCUGGUCCAGGAAGAUCCCACAUGCC